GUGUGUCACAGCCAAAUCCCCGAUCACCAGUCCUCCAUGAACUGGGAUAAUAAAACUCCUGACAUCACCAUUCCAGAACCUUCACGGGUGCUGGCUAUAUAAGAGCCUAGCUGGAGCCUGGGCUGAAGGAGCUGCCCAGCCAGCCAUAACCCACAAACUCUCCUAGCCAUGGACAUCGCCAUCCACCAUCCCUGGAUCCGACGCCCCUUCUUUCCUUUCCACUCACCCAGCCGAAUCUUUGACCAGUUCUUUGGGGAGCAUCUGCUGGAGUCUGACCUCUUCCCUACCUCCACGGCCCUGAGUCCUUUCUACCUCCGACCCUCUUUCCUUCGAACACCUAGCUGGGUGGAGACUGGGCUCUCAGAGAUGCGACUGGAGAAAGACAAGUUCUCAGUAAACCUGGAUGUGAAACAUUUCUCUCCAGAAGAACUCAAGGUCAAAGUGUUGGGGGAUGUGAUUGAAGUUCAUGGAAAGCAUGAAGAGCGACAGGAUGAGCAUGGCUUCAUCUCCCGGGAAUUCCACAGGAAGUACCGGAUCCCAGCUGAUGUGGACCCACUCUGCAUCACCUCGUCUCUGUCAUCUGAUGGGGUCCUUACUGUGAAUGGACCAAGGAAACAGGCCACUGGCCCAGAGCGCACCAUUCCUAUCACUCGGGAGGAGAAGCCUGCUGUCACUGCAGCCCCGCGGAAGUAGAGGCCCCAAUCCCCCAAACUGUGUUUUCUAUGGCAGGAAAGCUCUUUCACCAGUAGGGGUACAAUCCCUUAUGACUGGUGCUGAUGCUAAUUUAUUUAUGCUGAGGGCAGAGCCCAAAUUACUAGGCCAAUAAAAUGAUUCAGCAACAAACAAA